CGAAAUAAUGAAGUUACCCUAUUCUCCGCCGACCUUGACCCUAGCUGAACGCAUGCCAUCUGAAAUAUGCAAGAAACACAUCCAUACGGGAUAUCGUCGACCACAUCAACCCUGGUCCUAUUACGUCAUCAGCGUCUUCCAGGCCAACAACCAGACACUCAAUGUGUGGACACAUGUCAUUGGCUUUCUAUAUAUAGCAUACAGAUCAUAUGAUAUCUCAUUGAAUUGCGACUUCAUACACGAUCCCAUGUUUCGACCCUUGGGUGCAGGGUUGCUAUGCAUUUUGACUCUCUUGGCUGCUAGCUCGUUAGCUCACACUUUCGGUGACAAAUCUGAAUUAGCACAUUAUACAUGUUUCUGCUUGGACUUCGACGCCAUAGGACUGUAUUCGAUGGGCUGUGUUUUGAUCAGCCAAACAUACUUCGUGAGAGGAAAAGGUCUGGCAGCUUUUCUAGUCAACUGGUCGAGACCCGGAUGCAUUUAUAUUGCAGCACAAUUUACAGUGUUGCUUUCUUUUGCGAAACUUAGCUUUGGAAGAGCCCACAAACUUUGCAAUAUAUUCCAAGCUUUUAUUGUGUAUUCGGGUUAUUUCUGGUUUAUGCUGCCAUUAAUACAGCGAUACUUCUGGCAGUCAAACAGUUACCAUGACAAUACCUUAAGUCUUCAUAUAUAUCACGUGAUCUUUUUCCAGCUCAAUAUUUUGGUAUAUAUUGCGCAUGUGCCUGAACGCUGGUUCCCAAAAACGUUUGAUUUUAUCGGUCAAUCCCACCAGUUGCAACAUAUUGUUCUUGUGAUAUUUGUAAAUAGCUUACUCAACGUCACGCUUGAAGAAAUAAAAUCGCAGCCUUCUAUAAAAUAUGUAAAAUAUAUGACCAGAAAACUUGGAACAGUUGAGAAUUCGUAUGGAAUAGUAUUGUUGAUAAUAUAUUUCAACUGUUUUGCGAUGGCUAUAGCGACCCUGUUUGCGAUCAGGAAGGUAGCGAAAAGUUCAGGAGAAAAAGAAGUGACCAACAGCGUUAGAAUCACACAGGGUGACCUAAAUGGUCAAGCACAUCUAUCUAACGGCGAGAUAUGUGACGAAGAUAUAAAUGAACCAUUCUAUGACGGAGAAGCAGAAGCAUUACCUUGUGGGAAAAGGAUUACUGAAUCAUCUGAAAAACUUAAUUUGGAAGCUUCCUUAGAAUCUGCAUACGUAGCUGACAAAUCCCAAUGAUUAAAUAAUAGUGUAGCCUUGAUAAACACAAUGUAUGAUCGUGUGUAAUGUCUACUUUGCAUGGUUGGGGCAUCUCCGUUCCCUUACACUUGUUUCAGCCUAUCUUUUCGUUUGUUCCAUAUAUGUAAUUUAUGAUAAUACGGAGAGAAGGUCAGCAUGUGGUGGGUUUACAUUUGCAAUUCUUAAACUGGUGUUUUAGAUUGUAUGAUUUGUAUGAUAAACUUGUGAUUGGAAUUUAAAAAAUCAUGUGAUUAUAUUCGAAACCGGUUAUUUAUAUUCAAAAUCGUAUGAUGUUUUAUUCUAAAUCUUUUGAUUUAUAUUCUAAAUGUUUUGAUGUAUAUUUGGGUCGAUCGAUGUUCGAAAGAUAUCCUGCAUGUGAUUUCUGUUCAAAAGUUCUUUUGAUUUUUAUUCACAAACAUGCUGUGUAUAUUUAUCAUUAUUGUUCAUAUUCAUGAUACUGAAACGUUCUGUACGUAUCAUAAAAUUUUAUAAGCGUCCUCGUGCAAAUUAUUCGUUGAAUUCAAAUGGCUUUUAUUUUCUUAAUAGAUAAAUUUGCGUUAUUAACGCCCACAAUCUAAUUAUUCGCUUUACUAACAUGGCUUGCAUUCUCUCAAUGAAAAAACAUUCAUUAUAUAAACGUCCUCAAUCGAAUUAUUUCUUGCAGUAACAUGGCUAUCAUUCCCAAAAAGAAUAAAUAUAUUUUAAAGAGAUCGAUGGGGUUAUUCACUGAAUAAAAAAAAAAUGUCAUCCUCUUAAAUAAUACGUUUACUUCUUUUGUCGACAUCGAUCGAGUUAUUCGCUGUUAAAAAAGGGGUAAAAACCGACAGCCAUUCCGUAAAAAUAAUGACGAAUAUGAUUUAUCAAAGCCAUCGAUUGAAUCAUUCGCCGAAUUUAACUGGCUGUCGUGAUCGAAAAGAAUAUUAUAGGUGUGAAAAAGGUACAUGAAGGUACUAUAAGCUAUGCCUUACUGCGCCCCUAUAGUCGGUCUACUGUCCAGAAACGUCACAGAACAGAACUGGUCUUCCGCUAACAAACUUUCAGUCAUCAUCUAACACAACGGUUAAAACAUUCAUUCGCCUAUUACGCUGUAGAAACUCAGAGUUAUCAUUAUGUUCUUUGGAUUAAAAGACCCACUAAAUGUCUUUCAGAAAAAACCAUGUAACUUGUUUUUAUCUGAAACUGACGACUUUGUUACCGGGUACGGUUUAAUUAGGAAAGUGUGGACGUUGGUUUACGAUGGUAUGUUCGCAUACGUGUACAUUUCAGAAGUUCCA